AUGGGAAAAGCAAACUGCACCAUGGUAACGGAGUUUGUUCUCCUUGGCCUCUCUGAUGUGCCUGAGCUGAGGCUCAUCCUCUCCCUGCUGUUCCUUCUCAUCUAUGGAGUCACUGUCUUGGCCAACCUGGGCAUGACGGCACUGAUUCAGGUUAGCACUCGACUCCACACUCCCAUGUACUUCUUCCUCAGCCACCUGUCCUUCAUAGAUUUCUGCUACUCCUCAGUCAUCAUGCCAAAGAUGCUGGCUAAUAUCUUAAACAAUGACAAAAACAUCUCCUUGGUGGCAUGCAGAAUACAAUUCUUUUUGUUUUGCACAUGUGUGAUCAGUGAGAUCUUCCUACUGGCUGUAAUGGCGUAUGACCGCUUUGUGGCCAUCUGUCACCCUCUGCUGUACAUGGUCCUCAUGUCCCGGAAGCUCCAAAUAGAGCUGGUUUCUGUCUGCUACCUCUGUGCAUCCGUGUGUUCCCUGAGUCACCUGUGCUUAGCUGUUGGGGUUCAAUCCUACAAGUCCAAUGUGAUCAACCACUUCUUCUGCGACCUGCCCCCUCUCUUAGGUCUUGCUUGCUCCGAUGUUACAGUGAAUAAGCUUAUGCUCUUCAUCGUGGCCACAUUCAAUGAGAUCUUUACCAUUGUGAUCAUCCUCACCUCCUACUCCUUCAUCCUUAUCACCAUCCUGAGGAUGCAUUCAGCUGAGGGAAGGCGCAAAGCGUUUUCCACCUGCGCCUCCCACCUCACGGCCAUCACUGUCUUCCAUGGAACAAUCCUUUCCAUUUAUUACAGGUCCAACUCAGACAGCAGUGGGGAUUCUAAUAAAGUGGCCACUGUGUUCUACACUGUUGUGAUUCCCAUGCUGAACCCUCUGAUCUACAGCCUGAGGAACAAAGAUGUCAAAGAAGCUCUCAGGAAAGUUGUCAGCUCUAAAGUAUAG